AUGUCCUACCAAGCCCUUUUGACCUCUUUCGAGGUCGUUGGAAAUUGGGUUCACCGUCUCGUCAAUUACGCGACCCGGAGGGAUUCUACGACCCAGAGGCCCAGGAGGCUCACGAGUCUCCCAUACGAGCUACUUAUCGGCAUCAGCAUAUCCCUUGAAUGGAGAGAUAUCCUCCAACUUCGACAGACGUGUCGCCUGUUGAAUCAGGUCUCGCGAGAGCGUUCGGUCUGGCUGGCCCUGUUGUAUCGCUACUACGAGACCAAGUUCGCCCGACCUUUCUUUUUGCCCAAGCCGCUUCACCUCUGCUCGGCAUCCGAUCUUGAAAACCGUAUCACGCGGUGGUGGAGGGGGUUGGAUGGAAUAAUGGUGUCGCCAGUGACAGUGCACAGGUUCAAGCCCCUGGGCCUUGAUUACAGAUUCGGCUUACAAGGACCCGUUCCGGGAGGAAGAUUCCUUUUCUACGCCUUUGAGGACGGAAGACUUGGCUACAUUGACUCGCGGCAACCCAACCCGGAAUUCAUCGACCUCAUACCUUCCCCGAGCGCCUUUUGCGGAAACCCUUGCACAGACAUCUCUGUUGCAAUCGAUGCCUUGUCGCAGCAGCAGUAUACUCCGGACCAUCGAUCAGCCCCUCCUUUGUGUAGCCAGCUAUUCCCUUCGACGUUCAAUAUCGCGGUUCAUCGCAUGAUAUGGAAGGUUCUGGUUCAUUUCGAAGUCUGGAGGUUGACUGCACAGAUUGAAGGGGAGGAUGUCGUAGGAUAUUCUGCCACCCUCUUGACCUCGUUUACCGAGGAUCACACCCUCAGGCUUUGGGGCCCAUGCGCAUUGUACGGCAAGAACCUUGCGUACAAUAUUAGCUCCUCUCACUCUGACCCACCAUACUCCUCGACGGAGGUGAUGACGAUCGUUGAUUGGACUGAGAUUCCGCAAGGGGCGGCAGAUUUCCCUCGAUCCUACAUUCCAGUCCGAACAGUGUUUGACACAAUAUAUCUUCUUCCAGGAAACAUCAUACUGGCGGUGGCGGAUCACGAUUAUCAGCCGAAAUUCUUCGCUUGGAAUUGGGUGGAAGACUCGACACUUCUCUCUGUGCCGCCGUCCAGUCCAGCGGUCGCAGAACUGCCAUCCUGCCCGCCAAUGGCGGAGUGUUCUCCCGGGAUAAGGGGUCUCCUCUCCUUCACAAACCCAUACUUUACCCGCAACUCCAUCCGACUCGUACUCGCAACGGACAAUGGAGCAUUCGGAGUCAUCCUGCCCAUCACGACGUCUGGCAGAAAACAGAGCAAAUGUGCUUUCCAGAUCGUGAAAUUGUUCGACAUGGCAGGUCUCAACUGCGCACGUUUCGUGUGGUACGGCUAUAACAGUGGAUUCAGUCUCCCGUUAAGAGAACCGGAAACCAGCUGGCACUCGUUUCACUACCGUUGGCCAGAUGAUGAUGUCGAUGGUCCCUCAAUGUCCGUCUGCAAUGCCCCUGUACCUUCGUCAUCAUUCCCCUGCUACUACCACGGGCGAUAUAUUGACGACUCUCAGGCCUCAGUUUCACUUCGUAUCCAGCUGUAA